AUGAUUCAAACUCAAAUAUAUUAUGUUAUAUAUAUCCCACAGGACAUUGUUUUUAAAAAAACCGCUCCUCGGGCAAUUGAUCAGGAUGUUCAAGAGUUGGAGAAAUUGAAAGCUCCUACAGGAGCACUGUCUGAAUCAAUUUCAAUGGUGAAAACACAUGAAUCAUCAUACACAAAUGACAAUGGCAAAGAGAAAACUGAUGCUAAAAUAAAACAACAACUGAAUAAAAACGGCGAGCUGAUGGCCAAACUGGAACAAAAAAUUUUGUCGAAAAACGACCACGAAGCUGGUGUUCGGCCGGACACGAGGGUACAGUUAUCGGUGGACAUACCGAGCAAGGGCGUACACAAACAAACUAUGUACACAUCAAACGGCGAACCGUCGAGGAAACGAGACAGCAAAUACAGAGAAUACGACAAAAAAAACUACGACUCGCAAUUCCCUCCACCGGUGUCGUCGUACUUCAACGUGGAAGCGACACCCGAAGAUAUGGCGGAAUACAUUUUCUUCACAAAGGACUUCAAGUCAGUGACGCAAGCAAUAGAGAAACUCAUCCAAGAUGGGAGGUUGGAUCGAGAAUCGGCGUUGGCUUACUUGGACAAGAUCGACAGAGAGUUAUACCGACUAGACGCCCAUUACUCCGACCAGGCCGUAGAAAUAUCAAACAAAGACAUCGAAAAUCCAAUAAAAUUCCAAAAGAACUAUGAAUCUUCCGAUUUCAAUGACAUUGAUGGAACGUUGACUGAACUAAAAGAAAUGCAACAGAUACUUAGAGAUAAAUAUACCAAGAAAAGCAUAGACCUAGACGAAGAAGAUUACAACUCAAAACGAAUUCGAAAAAUCUUGGAAACCAAAUUACGCAUGUCUGAUUCGCAGUAUAAUCGACUUUUAGAAACGCUGACAACUCCAUCCGACUAUACAUAUGCCCAGACAAUGAUGGACGAAAUAAUUUAUCAACUGGCUAAGCUUAUGUUCAACCAAGGACUUUUCAUUGGUGGGUCGGAAGCUCAAGAAUCUUUGCAAAAGUUCACAGAUUUCUUGGAAACCGAAGCAAGCCGUGGAAGGAUUUCCAGAGCCCUCGAAAAAAAGAUAUUGGAUUUACUAAUAACGUCCCUUUCGGAUACAUUGACCGAACACCCGGAACUGAUGGCUGCCGCCAAAGAAGGCUUUAGCAAAUACUUAGAUGCUUACCCAAAUACAGAGUCGAACGCUAUCCAUCAGAUGAAAAACAACAGUUUUUCUACAAAGAUGAGAAGAGACGCGACUCCAGCAAAAGUUCAGCCGAGUACUGACUUGGAUACGGCCGUGGUGAAACGGAGCGUAAAGACAUCCGGUAUCGAAGACAACGAAGGGGGUAGCGUAGCGGUGAAAAAUUAAAAAAAUAUUUACAUAUUAUUACAUUAAUCUCGAAGUCGUAGACUAUUAUAAUUAAAAAAAUAAAA